UCCGGAAGUAAACCCACGAUUCGGCGUUUCAUGAGUUUAGGUUUUUAUUUGCUGAUUUCUGACUUCUGAGAAAGUUUGAGAAGCGUCCAGUUUUUUUAGAAAGUCGACCACUCUUCCCUGGGUAUAAUAGUGGUUACAAGAGUUUAAAUGAAGACAUGUUAAAAAAAAUCUGUUUGAAGAUUUCUGUAUGUUUAAUAUUUUUAAUAUUGAGCAACAUACAGACUGCAGUAAGGGAUUGAGUCGGCACACUUCUGUUCACAAACGAAUCUUCUUUUAAUUUUUUUGUCAUCUGGAUUGACGAUGUACAGCGGUUUGCUUCCACCCGGUCUUGAAGCAUCCGAGUCAGACCUCAGCUCGGAGGAGGCAGCCGAGGAAAGCGCCGGUGCAGAAGGUGAAGGCAAAGCCGUCGCAGAUCUAACUAGGACGGCCACAAGACAGGAUCAGGAGGAGUCCGGCGAACCGUUAGAUGAGUGCUGCCCACGGGGCGUCCCGCUCGACAUGUGGCAAAAGUUCAAAGAGUUACAGACAAAAAAGUCUGAAAUGAGUGCCUUGAACUCAGUUAAAAGCAAGAGAAGACGACGAAAUCGUCACCGGAAAGAAAUUGAGGCCUGCCCAGAAGUACAGAAUCAAACACCAGAUAACAGUAAAUACCAGGCCGAUUGUGAAACCCACUGGAAUGAGUUACAACAGUACUUUGGGGUAAAUGAUCGUUUUGAGAAUUUAGCUUCCAGCAAGUCUCUUCACGAGACAUGCCUAGAAAAGAACAUUGAGAAGGCCAUUGCUGAAGGGGACACUGUGAAAGCUGAAGAGCUGAGUGACAGAUUGGCCACUCGUGAGCUGGGUGUGAAAAUUGCCAAAGCUGCUGACUGCCGUGACUUUGUGAAAGAAAGGCAAGAAGCGGAGGAAUCUAGAGAAAAACGAAAACGGAAGAAGCAAAUUGCUUGGGGAUUUGAGGCUAAGAAGAGAUGGGAAACAAAAAGCAACAUGGGUUACAUGUGAUCAGGAAAUGAAGAAAGCCAAGGCAGCUCGAAAUGAAGUGGGCAGAGUAAGACACUCCAGCAGCAAAGUACACCAUCACAAUGCCUUCACAUAACACAACACGUUCUUAAGGAGUCAAAAGACAUUUUGUUGGAAAUGCACUGCUUGCGCGUGCAUGGCAGCCGUGGAUUAAAAGUGUUCCUGCUGCUAUAUUUUUAAUAGGCAAAUUAGUCAUGUCAGAUAUUGUUUGAACAUCAGAGAAAUGAGCGUUUUAUACAGAUAUGUGUAACUGAUCAGCCGGAGCCGAAAAGAGACACAAAGGUUUCUUUCAUUCAUUUUUUUUCUUCUUAUUCUGCACAGAGAAGAGUAAUCCUAUGCUGCUGCUGCAGCAGAGUGUUGUGUAACUGCGAGGCUUUCUGUAUUUUAAUUUGAAUGUCGCUUCUGAAAGGAAAGCCUGGCUUUAUUUUUGUGUGUGUGUAAACAAUGCAAGGCUACGCCAAGUAAAUUCACGUGUGGCCAACAACACGUAAUGGCUCACUUAUUAACAGUCCUGUGUAAUAUACAGUAUGUUUGUGUUUGUUUUUUUUUUCUUCUUUUCAUCAAGUCUGCACAACUGAGAAAAGCUUCUGUCAGUGGCGGACAAAGCAAGUCGGCACAUGCCAAGUGAUGUGCGCUCUCCCCACCAUCGUUUUAUUUUGUAACUUCGUCGUGGUGAAUUAUUUCUUGUUUGACCUGCACAACAGGCCUUGUCUGCUGAAUGUACUAUUUCGGCCAGCAUCUUACACUUGACCUGCUGGAGUCAUUCACACAUUGUAGUAUUUGUCUUUCUCUCACCAUUGCCACCUUUUCUGUGCUACGUUAGGGCAGCACUCUAUUCCUGCCGGUAACAUUUUCAUUUCACAGUGAUUGAACUCUGGCGAAGGGUGCAUUUUCACAUGGUUUUCUUCCAGUCUAAAAUGGCACUAUUAAUUCUAAAUUGGCAAAUGAGCGCCAUGAUGAGUAACAUCCCUUUCUGUGCCUGAAGUUGACAUGAUAAGCUGUGGCUUUGUUAAUAGCAAAGCAGACUCAAAAAAAAUAGAUGGAAAUAUGGGUUAUAAGUGCUGAUGCAGCAGGACUGAGCCAUGUUUAUGUAUUAUGAAAGGAGCAGAGAGGCUUCAGGCCAAGAAAAGCUGCUCUCCAGCAUCUGGCCGGUGUAGGCAGUCAUUAAGGGGGUACAGGAUUUCCUGUACCCCUAGUCCUUGUUCACUCUUCAUUUUGAUUGUCAAGGUGCAAAAUUAUCAUUCCUUACAAUGCGUUGUCUCGGCGCUUUUGGUUUCCGGAAAGAAAUCGGGUAGACUAAGCAAAUGAGCUAAGCACAAUUUAAAAGGAUGGGUUUGGGAGAAAAAAAAAUGCAUGGGAAGAUCUUGAUUAGGGCUGGGCAAUAUAUUGAAUUUUCAAUGUUCAGCACUUUUAUGUCAUUUUCCACAACUUCUUCUGAACGUUGAAUAAAAUCUACAAAACGUCAGCUGCUCGUUCUAAACAUUUCUAUGUCGACUUCACCCAUGUUGAGCGUGAAAAAAUUAGGGCAAGACUCAGAAGAGGAAGCUUUUAGAAUGGGUAGGGUUAGCACUGCUGUUUACAAAUUGUUUUUUUUUUCCAAUGAUUUUUCUAGAUGAUCGACUGUUCAUGGUCAUCUUAGGGGUAUGUCAGCUAUAAGGUAUAAGGCUUGCCUGUCUAGCCCUUGAUAUGUUAUUAUUUUCGUUUAUGGUUUUGCUCGAUGCCAGGUGUUAAAACAUCAUUUGUCCAAGAAUCCACCAUGCCUUGUGUUAGGCUGGUAGCAGUAGGGGGGGAUUUUUCUUUGGCUCACAUUAAGCCUAUCAGUGUCAACUAAGUGUCUUUUUAAAGCCACGCAAUAUCCAAGCAUCGUUCCUGACUGCAUGCAUCUCUUUAUGACCACGGCCCACCCUUUUUAUAAUGAAUCAUGUGCCAAGUCACAAAGCACACUUUAUCUCACGCUUCUUCCACUAACGUUACAAGUCACUUCAGUUUAGUUCAGUGUCCUGCACUGUCCCCAUGAUCUCAGUAUCUUGGAAUGAUGAGAUAUUGGUGGU